AUGAUGUAUGAAAAUGUCGUACAGGCUGGUGAGCAGGGGUAUCUGUACGCUUCCGUUGGAGCCGCCGUGUUGUCCGUGUUGACGGAGCCCAAGUGGUUCAAGGGCUCGCUCGCGGACAUGAAGGAGGUCCGGGUCGCCACCAACAAGAUGCGAGAGGGCAAGGCCGAGAAAAGAUGGAGGACACCGCCAGUAAAGGACACAACCAGGGGCGAUGAAUGGUAGCCCUUUGCCCCUGAGAUGUUGAUUCCAGUCGCGAGGGGUGUAAGGAUCGCUGUCAAAGGUACCAUAUGCCGCAGAUCGUUUGAUUGAUAAGAGAGCACGCAAGGAGGUGGAGCGUUUGUUGUUGUUUUUGUCCUCCUUUUCGUCCUGUCCUGUCUACUUUCUCUCCCUGUACUUUUCGUUGUGUUGUGCGUUUUGUGUCUGUUCUUGAGUCUCUCUUUCAUUUGUCCGCUUGUGGUGUUUUUUGUUUGUGCUCCGCCGACAAGAACACCCACCUACCUAGCACGU